GAUGCACUGACGUCUGUCACGCCCAUAGAACGUACGCGUCGGUCACGUGACCGCAAGCAGCCACCCAGCUGGAGGGGGUCACGUGACCGCGUUUGUUGUGUCCGCAACACACUGCACGGCUGCUGCGCUGCAAUGUCGUUAUCAUCAUCUUCAUCGUUAUUAUCGUCCUCGUGAGUGAUAUUUCCCGACGGAACGUAUCCGUGGCGGGGCCGAGCUAAUCGCGUGAGUGUAUUCAAUGCUCUCCGACUGACAGAGACGCUGCUGGAGCCCAGAGAGGGACAGAAAAACGAGUGAAAGGUUGUGAAGCUCUGUGAGUCUGAAAAUGGCCGUGUGGCAGCAGUUUGGAUUGCUUCUGUGGAAGAACUAUAUUCAGCAAAGGCGUCAGAUCCUGGUCACGCUGGUGGAGAUCGCUCUGCCGCUGCUCUUCUCUGCUAUCCUGAUCGUCCUGCGACAGAAGGUGUCCUUCAUCAACUACCCCAAUGCCACGCAGUAUGGCAGCUUCUCGUUGAGCUACCUGCCGUCCACACUGUGUCGCCCGGACCUGCAGCUGGCCUACGUGCCUGCGAACGCCAGCGUGGUGCGGCGGAUCACCGAGGACGUGCAGCAGAGUCUGCACGGCUGCAUCAGGACCGUACGUGGCUUUGAAACUGAGCAGCAGUUGGAGGAGUUUGUGAAAACGGACCCAAAGUCAGGCAAGAUCUUGGCAGCUAUUGUGUUCGAGCACCAGUUCACACACGAAGACGAGCCGCUUCCUCUGCAGGUCAGCUAUCAUCUGCGCUUCACGUACAGCCCCAGAAACGCCCCGGCGCGCGAGAAGUUUGAGUUCAACCCCAACAGUGAUCUGGACUGGCACACGCUCAGUCUGUUCCCGCUGUUCCAGCUGCCCGGGCCCAGGGAACAACACGAGCCCGACGGGGGCACGCCAGGAUAUUUCCGCGAGGGCUUCCUGCAUGUGCAGCACGCGGUGGACCGGGCCAUCAUGAAGGCCUACAACAGCACGGCGGCGGCGGCGCUCCUCCAGAGAGCCCAAGUGCUGCUGGCUCGCUUCCCUUACCCAGCAUUCAUCUACGACGUCUUCAUCCUGGCCAUCCAGAACCAGCUGCCUCUGCUGCUGGUGCUCAGCUUCACCUACACGUCUCUGAACAUCGUUCGCGCUGUGGUGCAGGAGAAGGAGAGGAAACUGAAGGAGUACAUGCGCAUGAUGGGUCUCAGCAGCUGGUUGCACUGGAGCGCCUGGUUCCUCAUGUUUUUCCUCUUCCUCUCCAUCUCUGUAUUCUUUGUCACCGUGCUUAUCUGCGUCAAGGUGAGUCCUAACGGAGCGGUGUUGAGCUACAGUGACCCCACGCUGGUGUUUGUCUUCCUGCUGGUGUUUGCUGUGUCCACCAUUAACUUCAGCUUCAUGAUCAGCACCUUCUUCUCCAGAGCGAAUGUGGCGGCAGCAGCCGGCGGCUUCAUCUACUUCCUGAGCUACCUGCCGUACGUCUUCCUGUGGCCUCGCUAUGAUCUGCUGUCGCACGCCCAGAAAGUCUCCGCAUGCCUCAUCUCAAACGUGGCCAUGGCCAUGGGAGCCCAGCUGAUCGGCAUGUUCGAGGGCAAAGGGACGGGCAUCCAGUGGCAUAACCUGUUUGAGCCGGUGACGGUGGACGAUGACUUCUCUCUGGCUCAAGUGCUGGGUCUGCUGCUGCUGGACUCUGUGCUGUACGCUCUGGUCACCUGGUACGUGGAAGCCGUGUUUCCGGGAGAAUAUGGAGUCCCUCGUCCCUGGUACUUCUUCAUCCUGCCCUCAUACUGGUGCAGCAGCCCUCGUGUGAGCCUGCUGAAGGAGAAGGAGGACGAGGAGGAGGCCGAGAAGGUGUCGAAGGGUGAAUACUUUGAAGAGGAGCCAGCUGGACUGGACUCGGGGGUCAAGAUCAAACAUUUGGCAAAGGUGUUCAAAGUGGGCAAUAAGACCAAGGAGGCGGUGAGGGAUUUAACUCUCAACAUGUUUGAAGGCCAGAUCACUGUCCUGCUGGGUCACAACGGUGCGGGCAAGACCACCACACUGUCAAUGCUGACUGGCCUUUUCCCGCCCAGCAGUGGUCGUGCGUACAUUAAUGGUUACGACAUAUGUCAGGAUAUGGCUCUGAUCCGCCGGAGCUUGGGCCUGUGUCCGCAGCAUGACGUGCUCUUCGACAACCUCACCGUCCGAGAGCACCUGCUCUUCUACACACAGCUGAAAGGUUAUCCUCGUGAAAAGAUCCCUGAUGAGGUGGACCGUGUCCUGCGGAUCCUGAAUUUGGAGGAUAAGCACCAUGCACGAACCAAAACCCUCUCUGGUGGGAUGAAGAGGAAGCUUUCCAUCGGCAUUGCUUUAAUUGGAGACUCAAAGGUGGUGAUGUUGGACGAGCCCACCUCAGGAAUGGACCCCUCUGCCCGCCGGGCCAUCUGGGACCUGCUGCAGGGCGAGAAGCACGGCCGCACCAUCCUGCUGACCACACACUUCAUGGACGAGGCCGACCUGCUGGGAGAUCGGAUCGCCAUCAUGGCCAGCGGAGAGCUACAAUGCUGCGGCUCGCCGCUCUUCCUCAAGAACAAAUACGGUGCUGGUUACCACAUGGUUAUAGUAAAAGACGCGUUUUGUAAUGUGUCAGAGAUCACCCGUCUAGUGCACAUGUAUGUUCCCGAUGCCACUCUCGAGAGCAGUGCAGGCGCUGAACUCUCGUACAUACUGCCCAAAGAGAGCACCAGCCGGUUUGAGCUGCUGUUUGCUGAGCUGGAGAUGAAUCGAGACGAGCUGGGCAUCGCCAGCUACGGGGCGUCUGUCACCACCAUGGAGGAGGUUUUUCUCAGGGUCGGGAAGCUCGUGGACUCCAGUCUGGAUAUUCAGGCCAUCCAGCUUCCUGCUCUGCAGUACCAGCAUGAACGGCGGUCACAUGACUGGACCAUGGACGACUCCAGCAGCAUCAGUGGCAUGACGGACGUGACUGAUUUCACUGACAGCGGCACGAUGAUCUCAGAGGACGGCUCCAACAUCAAACUCAACAUUGGGGCCAGGCUCUAUAUGCAGCAGUUCUACGCUAUGUUCCUGAAGAGGGCGCUCUACAGCUGGCGCAAUUGGAAAGUGAUGGUGGCUCAGUUUCUGGUGCCGCUCAUUUUCACUGUGUUGGCCCUCGUUGUGGCCCGGGCCCUCCCUGGAAGCCAAAUCACACCCCAGCUCCGUCUGGCACUAAGACAGUAUGGCCCUACUCAUGUACCUGUGGCUGUAGACGUCGGUGCUGGGCCGCUGGCUAGAGCUCUGGCUGAUAUCUAUGCUGCACAGCUGCCUUCCCAGAAUGCCAUUCCUGCCACGAAUAUAACAGAUUUGUCAAAGUAUGUGCUAUAUAAUGCCAUGAGGGAGGGCGGAGCUUUCAAUGAGCACUGCGUGGUGGGGGCGACUUUCAGGGGCCGAUCCAGCAGGAACACUGAGGUCAUCGGCUAUUUCAACAAUCAGGGCUAUCACACCCCCGCUACAGCACUCAUGCUGGUAGACAACGCUCUCUACAAGCUACUGGCCGGACCCGACGCCUCCAUCCAGACUGGAAAUUACCCCAUGCCCCGCAACAUGUCCGAGACGGCCCAGAGCCAGCUUUCUGAGAGUCAGACAGGCUUCGCCAUCGCUAUAAACCUCAUGUACGGCAUGGCAUCAUUAGCCAGCACCUUCGCCCUUCUCCUCGUCUCGGAGCGGUCGGUCAAGUCCAAACAUGUGCAGCAGGUCAGCGGGGUCUACCUUUCCAACUUCUGGUUCUCCGCCCUACUGUGGGAUCUCAUCAACUUUCUGUUGCCCUGCCUGCUCAUGCUGGUGGUCUUCCGGGUGUUUUCAGUGAAAGCAUUUGUGGCUGAGAACCACCUGGUGGACGUUCUGCUGUUGCUGCUUCUGUACGGCUGGGCGGUGAUUCCUCUCAUGUACCUGCUCAGCUUCAUGUUCUCCUCGGCCGCCACUGCUUACACGCGCCUCACUAUCUUCAACAUCCUCAGCGGCACAGCCACCUUCCUCGCGGUCACCAUCAUGACCAUACCUGAGCUCAAGCUGGUAGACCUGUCUCAUCUCCUGGAUAAGAUCUUCCUGAUCUUCCCGAAUUACUGCUUGGGGAUGUCCUUCAGCCAGUUCUAUCAGAACUACGAGAUCCUCACUUUCUGCACCUCCAACUUCUUUGCCGAGUUCAUUUGCAAGGACUUAAACAUCACGUAUCAAGUAAACUACUUCUCCAUGGAUGAGCCUGGAGUGGGUCGCUUCCUGGUGGCCAUGUCCCUGCAGGGUGUUUUCUUCAUCGCCCUGCUUUUCUUCAUCGAGCUACGGUGCAUCCAUGUGCUAUUCAACCCUAGCUCGGGACCCAAGAAGAUUUUGGUGUUGGCAGAAGAAGCUCUUCAACCUGAGGACAGAGAUGUUGCGGAGGAGAGAAAGAGAGUUUUGGAGUGCCAGCCAGUGAUUGACUCCAUGGUGGGCAGCCCACUCAUCCUGCAGGAGCUCAGCAAGGUAUAUUCAUGUGGGCAGUCGCUGUUAGCGGUGGACCGCUUGUCUUUGGCCGUCGGGAAGGGCGAGUGCUUUGGUUUGCUGGGAUUUAAUGGAGCAGGGAAGACCACGACGUUCAAAAUGUUGACGGGUGAUGAAAGAAUAACUUCAGGAGACGCCUUUAUUGACGGCUACAGCGUCCUCCGAGAUGUGAAAAAGGUGCAGCAGAGAAUUGGCUACUGUCCCCAGUUUGACGCGGUGCUAGAUCACAUGACAGGGCGGGAAACCCUGAGCAUGUAUGCCAGACUGAGGGGCAUCCCAGAGAAAUACAUCACAGCCUGUGUAGAAAACGUCCUGCGUUCACUGCUGCUCGAACCUCACGCUGACAAACUUGUCCGCAGCUACAGUGGCGGCAAUAAGAGGAAGUUGAGUGCAGGCAUGGCUCUGAUCGGUGGGCCGCCUGUGAUCUUCCUGGACGAGCCGUCCACUGGCAUGGACCCUGUGGCCAGACGGCUGCUUUGGGAUGCAAUAACACGCACCAGAGAGUCGGGUAAAGCCAUCAUCAUAACCUCACACAGUAUGGAGGAGUGUGAGGCGCUGUGUACUCGGCUGGCUGUCAUGGUGAACGGUCAGUUUAAAUGUCUGGGCAGCCCGCAGCACCUGAAGAGCAAGUUUGGGAGCGGUUACACGCUGCUGGCGAAGGUCCACGUGGGCACGGAGAUAGAGGCGAUGGACCUUCAGCUCUUCAAAGACUUCAUUGAGAGCACCUUUCCAGGAAGUUUACUGAAGGAUGAACACCAGGGAAUGGUCCACUAUCACCUGACUGACAAAACUCUGAGCUGGGCACAGGUGUUUGGAGUUUUAGAAGCAGCCAAAGAGAAGUACAGCAUCGAGGACUACUGCGUCAGCCAGAUCUCUCUGGAGCAGGUGUUCCUCAGCUUCGCCCAGUUCCAGCACUGCGCCGAGGCCUGCAGGAAAUGACCCGCUCGAGCACUAAAGGGGCGGAGCUUCACCUGAGGAGUGGGAGGUACAUCCUGGGCAGACUGACUGGACAUUGCUCAGGUGUCUCUCUUCACACACACAUCUCUGACAUGAUCAUACAUGCGUAACACACACUUCCAGAGAGAGGACCACUAACACAAGAUCUCCACCAGGAGGAGGUUUAUUUCAAAUCUGUGUGUGCAUUUGCGAGUUUCGACAGGAAGUUCGUCACACUAUCGGAAACAGUCAUUCAAUUUUAAUUGGUGGGACUCCGCACUGAAAAGAAAGGACGUUUAUUCAUCAUCUGUAAGCGCGAAAGACAGGAUGUCUCGUGUGCACUUGUGUACGAUUGCUGUGUUAUAUAUAAAUGUCUUUUUUUGUUUGGUUCUGCUCAUCUAUUUUUAUUUUGUAUUUUUACUGUGGUCUCAAUGCUUAAGGUAUGUGUGUUUCACCCCUUUUUCUGAUAAAAUAUGCAAAAAGGCCAGAAAUAUCAGAAAUGCAAUGUCUAAAAACAUGGUAUAGCUGCUUCCUUGGGAUUCGCAAUGUUACUGAAUAUAAAUUUUACAAGAACCGUUACUGAAUAUAAAUUUUAGAGAAUAGCUUAAGGUCAUUUGUAGAAUUUAUACAGUUGAUUUAUUCCCUUUAUCUAGGCAUUGAUAUUCAACUGUUUGUUAGAUAUCAAUUUAUCUUCCACAAAAAAAGCUAAUAGUUCCAUGUAAUAGACAGUUUUGCAUAAGUCACUUUAAACAGUUUUCCGCUGCUAAAAAAAAAAAACAUUCCUCAAAUAUUUUUAUUUUUCUUUAAAUGAGACCACAGAUAUUUUAAUGCUUUUACCCUACACAUUUCUAUUUCAGAUUUUUUUUUUUUUUUUUUUUUUUUUUUUACGAGUGAAACAAUCCUCCAGAUUGUGAUUUAAAAAAAAAAAAUUUUUAUGUAUUUUAUAAUUUUUUCUUUUUUCUUUUUUUUUAAAUGCAGCAUGGGCUUUGUGAAAUUUCGCAGAUGACCACUAGAGGAAAUACAGUGCACUUUUUUUGUUUUUGUUUUCUUCCAUCUGCAUCAAACUGAAUUUCUUUAGAAACACUAAAUGUCUGCUUGUGUGAUUCUUUCACAGAGCAACGACCACAAGCUUUUGUUUUGUUACAUCAUCUUGCAUUACUGAUGUGGACCAAUCCUUGCAUCUUCACAAAGAUCCGAUUGAUUGUCUGUAAAAUCAGUCUAUUUUCAGUUUUUUUGCAUUGAAUGUAUUUUAUGAACUUGUAUUGGUGCCAAGGCUCAGUGACUCUCAGGUCAUCCUGCUCUUUUCUAUAUCGUUAAUGCUAGGUUUCCUCUUAGUCAUUCUUCAGUCAGAUUGAGUGUUUGUUCAACAUGAUUCUGCAUCACUAUAGUGCUCCUUCCAGACCAGGUCCACGUUUCCGUCCACAUUCAUGUGAACUGAAUGUAGUUUCACAGCGAAGGAAGCAAACCCAGGCUCAUUCGAACACACUGACGUACUGUAGAUAAGAUAGGGCUUGAUGGUGACUGACUACAAAUUGUUUCUUUUCUACGUUUUUGAUCUGUCGUUGAUCUGUCUGUUUUGCACAGUGCUCUGACUGUCGUGUCUGAACUGCUUGUUUGAAACUGAAAAUAUUGCAUUUUGGGAAUCGACAAGGCAAACUUGGGAAUGUUAAUGAUGACAAUGUUUAUUAAAAAUGGUCAAAUGUAUGUCAUAAUGCAAAAAGGGAAUUUACAUUGCAAUCUUGUGUACUGUAUCACUAAAUUAACCUUGUGAGAAAUGUAAGUAUUUGUAAUUUCCUUUUAUAUUAAAUCUGCCUUAUUCAAA